CAUGAAUCCACAGGAAGCGCCGUAACCUUGUGUUGCAGUACUUCUUCCGGUUAAGUAUGGCGUCCUCUCUGCUUCGAUUCUUUCGUGGAGGGUUUAACACAUCCUCUAACAUUGUCAAUCGAAGAUUGGCGAUCGGGCUUGCGAGGUCUGAGACCACAGCAGCGGAGACGAGACCCACCGUAAGGCCCAAGGAUGCUGUCACCCACAAGCAGCUCUCAGCUUUUGGGGAAUAUAUUGCGGAAAUUCUACCCAAAUAUGUGCAACAAGUCCAGGUGACGUGUUUCAAUGAGCUGGAGGUGAUGAUUCACCCAGAUGGUGUCAUCCCAGUGCUGACCUUCUUGCGGGACCACACCAACGCCCAGUUCAAGAACAUGGCAGACCUUACUGCUGUUGAUGUGCCAACUCGCCAGAAUCGCUUUGAGAUUGUGUACAACCUCCUAUCGCUGCGCUACAACUCCCGCAUCCGUGUGAAGACCUACACAGAUGAGCUGACCCCUGUGGACUCAUCUGUCUCCGUUCACCAGGCUGCCAACUGGUAUGAGCGUGAGGUGUGGGACAUGUACGGGGUUUUCUUUGCAAACCAUCCAGACUUGAGAAGGAUCCUCACUGAUUACGGGUUUGAAGGGCAUCCCUUCAGAAAGGAUUUCCCCCUGUCAGGAUACGUGGAAGUGCGGUACGAUGAUGAGGUGAAACGUGUCGUGGCAGAGCCUGUGGAGCUGUCCCAGGAGUUCCGGAAGUUCGACCUGAACAGUCCCUGGGAGGUGUUCCCAGCUUAUCGCCAGGACGUGGACACUGGCAAGCUGGAGGCUGGAGAUAACAAACCGGAAAGCAAAUGAUUCUGUUUGACUGCCGUUCUCAACUUUAACGUCAAACCAUAAAAAAAGGGUACAUGGUUCUCCCUGCUAUCUAUGUAAAUAAAGUGGAUAAUAUGAAA